CCUGGGUCUGGCAGCUCAGCCCCAUGUCCAGAGGAGGGGACAUGGUUUAUAUUCCGGAUGAUUCCGACUUCAUCUCCUUCAGGGAUCAGUGCGAGAGCCUGGAGGGCUGGCACUGUCGGUAUAACAAGGCUGGUGUGACCGUGUGGAGUCAGAGCCAGGAGGAAAGCUGUGCUGUGCAGAAAAUCAAGACUUGCAUCUCAUGUAAGGAUGUGCCUGCUGAGACACUCUAUGAUGUGCUGCAUGACACCCGCUACCGCAAGAAAUGGGACUCAAACAUGAUUGAGACCUACGACAUCGGGCGCCUGACUGUUAAUGCUGACGUGGGAUACUACUCCUGGAAAUGCCCGAGUCCCCUGAAGAACCGGGAUUUUGUCACGCUGCGCUCCUGGCUGCCCCUUGGCAAUGACUACAUGAUCAUCAACUACAGCGUCAAGCACCCGAAAUACCCACCCCGGAAGGAUUUUGUGAGAGCCGUGUCCCUGCAGACAGGUUACCUGAUCAAGGCGAAUGGUGCUGGUGCCUGCAUCCUCUAUUAUCUCACCCAGGUGGACCCUCGUGGGUCGCUGCCAAAGUGGGUGGUGAACCGCGUCUCCCAGUUUGUGGCACCAAAGGCGAUGAAGAAGAUCUACAAGGCUGGACUGAAGUACCCAGAGUGGAAACGCAAGCACGACCCUGGAUACAAGCCCUGGGUGUACCCAGAGCAGAAUACGCUGCCCAGUGUCAGCCUGGCCGAGCUCUCGGUACAGCAUGCCGACUCGCUGGAGAACAUAGAUGAGACAGGGCUGCCUGAGGACCACCUGAGCACCAGUGACCAUGAGACCUGAGCCCUCACCACAGCCCUUUCGUGGGAGGACACCCUCAUGACUGGGACUUGGCAUCCAGGGGGCUUGGGUGGGAAUUUGGCCCCCUGCACCCCAAUAGUCAUGUCUGCUCCCCAAUUCCUUCAUCAUAGACCCCCCUACCCAGACAGCAGGGUACUGUCCCAUGGGAACCUGCAGCAUGGGUGCUGGAAAGAGGGAGGA